AUGGCUGCUCGCAACGUCGGUUCCCGGCUAUUGGGCCUCUCUGCAUUUUUUUUCUCCAUCCCAACCGUUUUCUCUACUCCUACUUUGGACAAUGGCAAGCUACUCUCGGUGAAUGGCAUCGACUACUAUAGCGGCGGUGAUGCAGUGUCGACGUUCAUUACUUCGGCGAAUUUUAAUUCCACGCAAUUCGAAGAUGUUGUGCCUAUAACAGUGAUUCGGACAGACCAGUCGGUCUUCACAAAAGAGGUCUUGAGCGAAAUUAUCUCGAAUUAUGCCGCUACGGACGAUGUUUUUCAGUCCGGCUUCCUUGAAACUGUUUUCCUUCUCUAUGAGGGACAUGGCCGAAGCCAAGUUGACUCCACCGUCAAGCAGGCCUUCAAGGACCUUGGGAACAGUCUUGUCAUGGCCUCUUCCGCCUAUCGCCCUGAAGCACACCUCAUGCCGGCCAAGCUUCGCCGUGAUUUGCCCAAGGGACCAUACUUCUACUCACCAAAGACAGGGGAAUUGUAUCAGGCCUUCCGUCUGUAUUCCGAUCACCAACUAGCAUUCACGGAAGCUGCCCUGAGUGAUGGAGCCGGAGGCUUUAGGUCCCUUCCUGCGGCCGUAUCGGUGAGUAAAUCGAGUGUUGCUGUACCAUCGAGGCUUUAUUAUACCCCGACAUCAGAAAAGCCUCUUGCGGGUUUGCGCGUGGGAAUCAAAGACAUCUUUGACCUGAAGGGACUGCGGACCAGCGGUGGCAAUCGGGCGUACUAUGACUUAUAUCCUCCGCGCAACACCACCGGCCCGGCACUUCAAAGACUAAUUGACGCCGGUGCUGUGGUCGUCGGCAAAAUGGGAACAGUCCAAUUUGCCAAUGGUGAUAAUCCCACGGCCGAUUGGGUCGACUUCCACUGCCCAUUCAACCCACGGGGUGAUGGCUACCAAGCACCUGGGGGCUCUUCUUCAGGUCCUGGUGCCGGUAUGGCUUCCUACGAUUGGCUCGAUAUUGCGAUAGGAAGUGACACCGGCGGCUCAAUGCGUAGCCCGGGAGGAAUGCAAGGCCUUUUCGCCAACAGACCAUCUACCGGGGCUGUGAAUCUCGACAACGUGAUCCCGCUGUGUCAUGCUUUGGAUACAGCUGGUGUUUUCGCGCGCAACGCAGCGACGUGGUCGAAGGUUAUGCAUGCCUGGUAUGAGAAUUUCACUGAUUAUACGGAAUAUCCGAAGAAGCUGUUCUAUCAGAACUCUUCGUUCCCGAGUGCCGACACACCCGCCGGUGCACUCAUUGAAGACCUUGUACGGAAGGUUGAAAAAUUCCUUGGUACCAAGAGGGAGCUCGUCAACAUCACCUCGCAUUGGGAAAAGACUCAAUCUCCUGAAAUACCUGCUAUCUCGAGCUUGUUGAACACAACAUAUGCUAUCCUAACAUCCGUUGACCAAUAUCGCUCCUUGAGCGUGCCAUUUUAUGCGGACUACGCAGAGAAGCACGAUGGCCGUCGGCCUUUCAUCAACCCAGGUCCGUUAGCAAGAUGGACUUGGGGCCAGAAUAACGGAGGCAACGUUGCCUAUGACGAGGCAAUCCAGAACAAGACAAUCUUCAAGAACUGGUGGGAGACGAAGGGAUACGGAAAGGCCGACGAGCGCACUUGCUCUGAGGGCAUCUACAUAUAUCCCUAUACCAAGGGCGAGACACAGUACCGGAAUGCCUAUUUCAGUGCCCCAACCGCACCUCCCAUGGGCUUCUCAGACGGUCGCAUUGCUGUCUUGGCCGGAGUACCGGACUUGGUGGUCCCCGUUGGUGAAAUUCCCUACAACUCCACUGUUUCGCUCAAGACCGAGUACAUGCCUGUCACAAUGAGCUUCGUCGCGGCCAGAGGAUGCGAUCUCAUGUUGGUAAAUCUCAUCGAGGACAUGGAAAAGGCAGGAAUUUUGAAGCCUGUCAGUACAGGGCCAAGGAUGUAUCCCGAGUGA